GUCGCCUCUGCCUGCUCGCCUGGCUGUGCCUGCCCUUGCUCUGCCCCCGUAUCUGUCCCUGUCCCUGCCCUGUCUCUGUCCUUGCUUCUGUAUUUCCUCCUGUCUCGACCCCUGUCCCAGGAAUUCGGGCAGGACAAGGUCCUGCAAAAGCACAGCCAUGGCAGGGGUGGUAGUGUGGAAUCAUACUUGUUUAAAAUCAUUUUAUAGUAAAAUACUGGGUUUAUUAGCAGCAUAUAACCCCAAAGGAGGUGCAGUUUAAGUUACUCAAAUCCAUGUUCUUAAAAUACUAUGAUACUUUUCUAGGGAAAGGGAGACUUUGUAUCAUCCCAACACAAAGGCAUCAGGGACUUCACAAGGAGCAGAGUAUUUUAGAGACACUGUCAUAACCUAGGCAAGGAGGAUGGGUUCUCUAUUUCACUGGUUAUUUACAGUUAUAUGUUAUUUACAGAAUAAUCUGCCUAAACCAAUUCUUCUCAUCUCCAAGCAAUUUGUUAUCCUUCAGAUAAGGAAACAUAUUUUUUCAUUUUUAUCUCUAAGCAAUUCAGGGGGAUGCUCAUGAGAGCACACCCCUCCCUUCCCAGUUCACCCAGCUCUGGAAAUGUCAGUCUGUCCAUAUAUGAUUGUUUGCCAGCUGAUAGGACAACAACACACUUGUACUUUUCCAGACCUCUUUCCUAAGACCUUUUCCCUAGUUCAGUUAACAACAGCUGCUGGAAAGCUCCUCCCUGAGGGAGGAGAGAAGACCUCAUUGAUUUUACAAGAAUAAUUUCACAACACACAAACAAACCAGGACUGGCGCUGCUGUCGGGCGAGGAAGGCUGUCUGCGUGUGAGAGCUGUAGGCGAGACCCCCGGGGCUGUGCUGGGUCAUGUUUGCUUGCCCUGGCGGAGAUCCAGUGUCACGUGCAAGUCGUGGCCAUCGGGUCACUUUCUGCCUUGGGGCAGGUGUCAAAUGCCGAGUAUUAAAGGAAUCAGCACCACCGUGGGGCAGGAGCCGGCCAGCAUGAAGGAAAAACAAGUGUUAGAAGAUUUGGAAAUGCACCUCCCAAGGAGAGAUGCAGAGGCCCUCUUCCAAGAGCAGCCUGAGACUGGGAACCAGUACUUGGAAGACACUUUGCUUCGGAGUUACUUGAAAACACACCUUCCUCCCAAGGUCCUAGAGGAGGUGCAUCAGGACCUGGAGAGGUUUGGAAACCGCCUGCUGACCAAGAUCCAGCCUCUGAGCUGGGAAUGUGAGCUGAACCCCCCUGUGUUCCGGCAGUACGAUGCCUGGGGGCGGCGCGUGGAUCACAUCCACACCUGCUCAGCAUGGAGGAGGAUGAAGGAGAUUUCAGCAGAAGAAGGGCUGAUUGCUGAGGCCUAUGAGAAAAGAUACUCCAACUGGAGCCGCCUGUACCAGGCUGUCAAACUGUACUUGUUCUCAAGCUCCUCUGGAGGUUUCAGCUGUCCACUGGCCAUGACUGAUGGGGCAGCCAAAGUCAUUGAGUCACUGGGUGUUCCUGGAUCUCUGAAAAACGCUUUUGACCGUCUGACAUCCCGCGACCCUGAGAAGUUCUGGACCUCUGGCCAGUGGAUGACUGAGCGAAGGGGUGGCUCAGAUGUUGCAAACGGCACCGAGACCGUGGCCAGGAAGCAGCCGGAUGGCACCUAUCGUCUGUAUGGAUUUAAGUGGUUCACAUCAGCAGCUGAUUCUGAUGUGGCAUUAACCCUGGCCAGGAUAGCAGAUGCUGAAGGACAGUGUACCCAGGGCUCCAGAGGUCUGUCCCUGUUCUUCCUGAGGGUUCGGGAUGAGGAGGGGAAGCUGAACAAUAUCCAGGUGCAAAGGCUGAAGGACAAGCUGGGAACGAGGCAAAUGGCAACAGCAGAGCUGUGGCUGCAAGGAGCCAGAGCAGAACUGAUCUCUGCAGAGGGCCGUGGGGUGGCUGCCAUCUCCAACAUGCUGAACAUCACUCGGAUCCACAACGUCAUUGGUGCCGUGGCUUCCAUGAGAAGGAUGAUCAGUCUGAGCAGGGACUACGCCUGCAAGCGCAUGGCCUUUGGGAAGCUCCUCAAGGACCAUCCCCUGCACAUGCAGACAAUAGCCCGGAUGGAGGUGCAGGUGAGGGGGGCGUUUCUGCUGCUCAUGGACAUCGUUCGCCUGCUGGGCCUGGCUGAAACCAACCUGGCGAGUGAGCAGGAGCAGCUGCUGCUGAGGCUGCUCAUCCCAGUGGCCAAGCUGUACACGGGGAAGCAGGCUUCUGCCGUGGCUGUUGAGGCGAUGGAGAGUUUUGGGGGCCAAGGUUACAUGGAGGACACAGGCUUGCCAGUCAUACUCCGGGACGCUCUGGUGCUGUCCAUAUGGGAGGGAACAACAAAUAUCCUGUCCCUGGAUGUGCUGCGCUCCCUGGCCAAGAGCCACGGGCAGGUGAUGGCUGUGUUCCUGUCCACAGUGCAGAAAAAGCUGGAGCUGGCUUCAGGCACUGAGGAACUGUCCCCGGCCGUGCAGCGGGCACAGGAAGCCAUCGGGAGCCUCCGCCAGUUCCUGGCAGCCACGGGCUCAGAGCAGGCACUGACCAUGGAGCUGGCAGCCAGGGACCUCUCCUACAGCCUGGCACGGAUCUACACAGGAGCUCUGCUGAUGGAGCACGCGGCUCGGCCUGGCGCUUCCUCCACAGACACCUGCGCUGCCCUGAGGUGGUGCAGCCAGGAGCUGUGUCCGGUGGCCGGGGAGUCACGGAGGGGCAGCUACGGGGCCGGGGCAGCGCUGCAGGACCGUGCCCUGGUGCUCGGGAGCAGCCGGCUCUGAGCCCGCCGCCCCCGCACGGACACGAGGUGGGUUCCAGUCCAAACAAUCCCCCAAAUCCUCAGGUAGCUGCGGAUUCCAGGCGUGGUGGAACGUCCCGUUCCACAAGGAGCCAGACCAAGUCCUUUAGGAGUGACCCCCACCUGCCCCGGGCUGGAAUCCACGGCUUUGAGGUUCACUCCAAGGUGCUGGAACGUUCUCACAGUGCUUUAGGCAAAGUCCCAGUGAUAAAAUCCAGACAAGAGCUGGAAGCAGCAGCUCUUCAAGUGCCAACACUCUUCUUUUUUAAGAAAACCAACCAAAAUCAAACUGAAAGUUAUCUGAAGCUGAUUAAAUCCAGAAACCCACCAUUCUUCCCUGUUCACCCUGCUGCUUCCCAGUGCUGACCACAGACUUCCACCCCUGGGUGGGGUUUGCUCCAGGGGCAGCCCUUUCCACCCACUGUGCCUGUGAACAUUGACCUCCUCAGGAGCUGCUUCUUUCUGAAGAAAAAAGGGAUUUUUAUUCUUUCUGGCCUCCAGAAAGUUGAUUAAUUCCCUAUGCACGUGCCCUAAUGAUGCUGCAAUCCAUCCUGACAGAAAUUCUACAUAAAUUUUGGAUUGAAAUCCAGUAAUUCUCCACCUAAGCACUGGCUGUGGGCUUCUCCUUCCCCUCAGCCCAUCAGUUGACCUGCUUGGUAUUGCCCUGCUGGCUACAAGUUUUUAAUUAAGAAGUUGCUAAUAGAAGAAAGGCACUAAUAGACUGGAGACAGCUGGAAUUUAUAGCUGGAAAAUGCUACAGCAGCCAGACACUGAGUGGGAAGGGGGGGAAGGAGCUGUGUGCUGAGAUUGGAGCUGUCCAGAGUUUCAAAGAUGGCAGAGCCAGGGGGACACAAAGGGUGGCUCUGGGGAGGAGCAGAGUGGAGCAAUCCCAACAGGACGCAGCAAGGGAGGCUCCAGGGGCUCCCUGUGUCCUGGCACAGGGAUCACAGGCUGAGCCAAGCAGAGCUUCCCUGGAAUCACCCAGAUGCCAUGAACCAGCAGCCAAGGGCUUCUGUUGUCUGUGCAUUGCAGGGAAUAAAAUAAAGAACAUUUGGGUUUGGAAAA